GUGCCGCCUUGUCUGACCUUUUCCAGAAGCCCAUGAGUGUUGAUGGUGACCUGUACACCUCGCUCCUGUCCAAUCAGAGCCAUCCCUCAGGCCAGGAUGCCUCUUACCUGUCUGAUGAUCUGAAGCUCUCCUCUGGCCCCUCCUCCCAGGACACCUUCGACUCCUACGGCAUCUUUGGUUCCUCCAACACCAAGACGACCACUGACCUGGUUGAUGAGAUGCCCAAGUCCCUGCUGGGGGGCUCCGAGUCGAAGACCGAGGCCUACAACUACAUGGAUAUCAGCCAUGGAGAUGACGUCCACAACCAGCGCCAGAGCCAGGGGCCCCUGCAUAGCCUAGUAGACACUGGGCUGUCUGGCUUGGACUCCCUGGGAGGCUACAUGGAUAAGAGCCCCGCAGGACUUGAGGAGGAGGAAGAGGAAGAGAACCUGGGCCCGGCGCUUGACUCUCACUCCUUUCCUUACGUAGAGGAGCCUUCUGAGGAUGAGGAGCUUUCUGACUACCGCUCCUACCGCAACCUGGGCACCCCCCAGACCGCUAGCCCUGUGAAGAUCACCCUGACCGAGUCCAACCCCCCUGCUACCGCCAAACCCACCCCCCCGCAGGCCAAUGUGUCUGACAACAUCCUCAGCCUGGGCCUGCAGGGCGUUCCCACCGUUACACUGUCUGAGCCAGAGGACGACAGCCCCAACUCCUCCCCCAAUGCAUCCCCAACAGGUAGCUAUCGCCCACGCUCUCCUACUGUGUUCUAGUGAGUUAGAGAGUACACCAUCACCAUGGUCUAUGGUCUUGGACUAUGGUUUAACUAUGAUUGAAAUCCAAGUUUGGUAAAAAUAUAAGGUUAAGGUUUACAACACAUCAUAAAAGGACAAAAACAGUGUUUGUUAUUAAUGAUCUAAUUCUCUCUCUCUCGCUCUCUCUCCCCUCUCUCUCUCAGAGAAAGAAUCCCCGUCCCAAGAACUGUUCAAGGCUGUCCCCAGCAGCAAGCCGACCCCGGGCUCCACCAAGGCCAGGGAGCAGGAUGGCAGUAGUGCAGAGUCAGGAGACUCUGAGAUAGAGCUGGUCUCCGAGGAUCCCCCCCUGCGGAGCCCCCCCUGCACCAAGUCCAGUAACAACCCCUUCGAGCAGCCUCCCAGCAGCAAGGGAGGUUUCAGCAAGGCCGGCAACCCCUUCGACAACCCCCCCAGUGCCAAGGGGCCCAUAUCCUACAGCAUCCUGAGGGAGGAGAGGGAGGCUGAGCUGGACAGUGAGCUCUUCAUUGAGUCUGCCAAUGAGGAGAGCCCCAAGAGAGAGGGGUCCAGCCCCAAACAGGGUGUCAACACCCCUUCACCUCUGAUCCCCACCGCUGCGCCCCCCGCCCGCCUCGCCCCAGAGGAGGUCCCAGCCGAGCCUGUCACGAGCUCCAUGAUGAAAUCAUCCAAUGACAAGAGCAGGAGCCCCAUGAAGAUAGAAGAGGAUCGCCCCACCAAGCCCAAACCCCCCACGGCUGCCGUGCCCCCGGAGGUGAGGUCUGAGAGGCCCCUCCUGGAUGACAAGUACAUCACGGAGGGUAAGGGAGACCUGACCAAACCUGCUGCGCCAGUCUUUAUGGAGGGUUUUGACAAACAGAAA